AUGCAUCUGUCGACAAUAUCUUCGGUGCUGACCAUUGGGCUAGCCUUUAUUACUCCUGUGUAUGCCAUUCCCACCUCUGGGAAUAUCUGUACGGUCAAGGCACGAGGAAAUCGAAAGGAUGAUGUGCCAAAUAUUCUCGAGGCAUUCAAAAAGUGCAACAACGGAGGUACUGUUGUUUUCCCGGAGGAUCAAUCUUACUGGAUUGCGACGCGCCUGAACCCAGUGCUUAACGAUGUGACAAUCGAAUGGCGAGGGAAAUGGACGUUUUCUGAUGACCUGAGCUAUUGGCGCAACAAUUCCUACCCGAUUGCAUUCCAGAAUCAUCACGCCGGAUUUGUUAUUUCGGGGGAAAGGAUCAGUAUUGAUGGCUAUGCAACAGGCGGCAUUGAUGGAAAUGGAAACGUAUGGUACAAUGCAGAGGAGACUGUAACACAGCCAGGUCGACCAAUGCCAUUUGUCUUCUGGAAUGUGUCGGAUGUCAACGUGGAGAAUUUCUACGUCAAAGAUCCGCCACUAUGGAGUUUAAACAUUAUGAAUGGCACGAAUAUGCGAUUCAACAAUAUCCUGUGUAAUGCCACUGCAGUCAAUGCACCAUAUGGAGUCAAUUGGGUACAGAAUACCGAUGGUUUUGACACAAUGGACGUGGACAAUGUUCAACUAACGAACUUGGUAUACCAAGGCGGUGAUGACUGUAUCGCGAUCAAGCCACGAUCCUAUAAUGUCGACAUUCGAAAUGUGACUUGCCAUGGAGGAAAUGGCGUUGCAAUCGGAAGCCUGGGCCAGUAUCUGGAGGACUCCGGUGUGGCCAAUAUUCUGGUCGAUAAUGUGAAAAUCAUACGGCGCAAUAACGACAUGGAGAAUGGUGCAUAUAUCAAGACGUGGAUGGGUGGCCUAGUGCCACAGAGUUCCUAUGAGAGUGCAGGUCUUCCCCGUGGAGGAGGGUGGGGAAGCAUUCGCAAUGUCCUCUUCUCCAAUUUCGAUAUAGAUGGUGCUAGCUCUGGAAUUGCCAUCACUCAAGACAGUGGGGAUAACGGUUCGUAUGUGGGAACGAGCAAGAUGAGUAUUUCCAACGUUGCAUUUGUGAACUUUACAGGCAUUAUCGACAAGGACUCGACGAAGGUUGCAUCUGUAUCCUGCUCCAACGUCUACCCAUGCUAUAACAUCGACUUUGACAAUGUUGUGUUAUUCCCGGAGAAUUCCACAACGGCUGGCAUAGGAUCUUGUUCCUAUACAGCCGAAGAUGGGGUCCAUGGACUCUCGGGAUGCUAA